AUGGCAAAUAUCCAGAAUUUGAACCGUCCCAGGGACGCUUUUGAGCAGCUAGAUGACGAUGAAGGUUCUCGGCAGGGUUUCUGUCAUAUCCGUAUCCAGCAACGUACUGGACGAAAAACCAUCACGACUGUCCAAGGAAUCGCCCCCGAAUACGAUCUCAAGAAAAUUGUUCGUCACCUGAAGAAAGUGUAUAACUGUAACGGAACAAUCGUCGAGCACCCCGAAUAUGGAGAGGUUAUGCAGUUGACAGGAGACCAGCGCCAACAGAUCAAGGAAUUUUUGUGCAAAGUCGGAAUCGUGAAGGAAGAAAACUGCAAGGUCCACGGUUUC